AUGAAUAUUGAUAUUGAUAUUAAAUUUCUUAAAACAGUAUUAAGAAGACUAAUUGAAUGUGACACACAAAGUUUCAAUAAAGAUGAUUUUGAAAUAAUUAAAUUAUUAAAAGAAAUUUGUGAAGGGAUUGGGAUGAUUGUUGAAACUAUACCCACAAAGAAUAAUCCAAAUAAAAUAAAUUUUAUAGCUUAUUGGACGAAGCAACCACAUAAAAUCAUUUUUAGCUCACACUUUGAUACAGUCCCUGUUGGAGAUUUGAAAGAGUGGAAAUAUCCACCCCUUAAAGCAACAGAAGAGAUAGAAUUAAAAACAGGGAAUGUCUAUGUUUAUGGAAGAGGAUCAGCUGAUAUGAAAAGUGGAUUAGCUAGUCAAUUAUGUAUCUUAAAAUAUCUUCAAGAUAUGCAAAUGAAGAUUAGAGAUUCAAUUCUAUUAAUUGUUUCAAGUGAAGAAGAGGAUGGUACUUUAGGUGCUAAGGAUCUUGUUAAACAAUGUCCAGAAUUGUUUACAUCAAUUGAAUUAAUUAUUGUUGAUGAACCAACGAACUUAGAUAUUGGAAUAAGUGAAAAAGGUGAAUUAAGGUUAAAGGUAGAGUGUCAUGGAAUUUCUGCACAUGCAAGUUCUCCAAGUCUUGGUUUGAAUGCAAUUGAAGGAAUAUAUUCUCUCAUACAAUGGAUUAAAAAAGAUUUACCCUUAUCACCUGAUGAUACAAACCAAACGACAUUUAAUAUUGGAACAAUUAAAGGUGGAAAUGCACCAAAUGUUGUUGCUGAUUAUUGUGUUACAGAGAUUGAUAUUAGAACUUCUUCAUAUAUUUCAGUAGAGGAUAUUAUGAAUCAUAUUAAAACAAUUAUUGCUUCUAUUGAAUCUACAACACGGUUUAAAUUUGUUCUUUAUGAAGAAAGUAAAGAAUUACCAGUUACAACUGAUAUCAAUAAUAAGUAUGUUAAAUUAUUAACAAAAUGCAUUUAUAAAGAAAUGCCUAAAAGUUCAAUCAAAAGAAUGGCAUAUGCAACUGAUGCUGCUGCGUUUGCCCACACUCAAAACAAACCACAAGUCAUAAUCUUUGGACCAGGCAACGAAGCAGUUAUUCAUAAACCAAAUGAAUAUGUUAUAUUUCAAUUUGUAGAAAUUGCAACAAAAGCGUUAGUCUCAUUUCUUUCUGAAAUGAAUGAAGAAUAA